AUGUCGACGCCGGUCAGCCCUCCACGGAAGAGGCGGCGAGGUCAAGGAGAAUUGGGCGAGCGAGUGCUUGUCAGUGCGGCAACAGAGGCAGCAUUCAAUGAACGCAAUGAGCAGACCACCAAACCAUCUCGGCCUACGCUCAAAAGUCCAUUUCGCCUUACGGCCAUCCACGACUUGCCGGCAUCAGCCAACAUCGACACAGUUACGGUGCGUGACAUCUUCGGCGACCCACGCGUUAUUGAAUGCUGGGAGUUCAACUUUCUGCACGACCUAGACUUUCUGAUGAGUUCGUUCGACGACGGCGCACGACAACGAGGUUUAAAUGUGCAUGUGGUUCACGGCUUCUGGAAACGCGAAGAUUCUCGUCGUGAGCAGCUUGAGACAGCGGCGCGGCAAUAUUCAAAAGACAGCAGCCAAAACGGCGGCACUAUUACGCUACACACGGCGUUCAUGCCAGAGCCGUUCGGAACACAUCAUACAAAGAUGGCGGUGCUCCUCCGCAACGAUGACACGGCCCAAAUCAUCAUUCACACAGCCAAUUUGAUCCCCCAUGACUGGUGUAACAUGACACAGGCGGUGUGGCGUUCUCCUUUGCUUCCGCUUUUGACAAGCGGAAAGACGGAAGUCAAAUAUAAGGAAGAGAGCGGCGUUGGGCUCAGGUUCAAGUAUGACUUCCUAAAUUACCUUCGUUCCUACAAUCAGAGACGAUCAGUAUGCAGUCCCCUUGUAGAGGCGCUGCAAAAAUAUGAUUUUUCGGCCGUCCGUGCUGUACUCAUCGGAAGCGUGCCCGGGCGACACCAUAUACCUUCCCCUGAAGAAGAUGAGUUGGAAGAAAAAGAUAGACAAAACCUGACGGUAGGAGACGAAGGCCGCAUUGCCCACACGCGAUGGGGUUGGCUGGCUAUGAAGCAAGCACUGAAAAAUGCCCCCUUGGGGUCACCUCAAGCAACGCCAGGCCAGUCCUCACCAGAUGAGAUUGUGAUACAAGUGUCAUCCAUUGCCACUCUCGGUGGCACUGACGUCUGGCUGCAAAAGACUUUUUUUCCAGCAUUGUCGAGCGGGAAAGCGACCAGCAAGUCCACACCGAAAUCUUCACGACAAGCCAUCGGAUUCGGCUCUUUACGACAACCCCAAGAGCGGCCACCACCAAAGCCAAUAUUUCGUGUCAUGUUUCCAACUGCCGACGAGAUCAGGAGGUCCCUCGAGGGCUACGUUUCGGGAUCUUCGAUCCACGCCAAAAUUCAGUCACCACAACAACAAAGACAGCUUGCAUACAUGCGCCCCAUGAUGUGCCAUUGGGCAAACGAUUCGGAGGACGGCGAGGCAAUCACAUCUGAAACAGGCGACAGCAAAAGAGGCGCUGGUGAUGCUAAACGUCGGCGAGCAGCACCACAUGUGAAGACCUAUGUGCGCUAUAGCAAUUGCCACGACGGCUGUUAUAUUGACUGGGCCUUGUUGACAUCUGCCAAUCUCUCGAAGCAGGCCUGGGGCGAGGCUCGCUCGGCAGCGGGUGAGAUACGUAUCGCAUCGUACGAGCUCGGCGUGCUUGUAUGGCCCGAACUCUUAACGGAGGUUCCCGGCGCAACGAUGCAACCGGUGUUUGGGCGUGAUGACUUCAAGCUUGAUGCGCCAACGACUGAGGAGCAAAUAGGCCACGCAGUGCAAAAGGAUUCCUCGUCGUUACCGGUAUCAGUCACCGAUAGAAGCAGCAGCAUUGGCAACGGCGCAGUGGAUGCUGAUGGCUUGCCAGUGGUGCCGCUACGCAUCCCGUACAGCUUGCCACUUCAACGAUAUGGCGCAAACGAAAUUCCAUGGGUCACCAGUCUACCGCACAGCGAGCCGGAUUGGAGGGGUAUGACUUCUGUCCGCUGGGAGGACUGA